UGCCACGAUAUUCAAAAGGACGCCAUGAUGAUUGACAAUGGAUUUGAAAGCAUUUAAUGGAAGUUUGAUUUACUAACUCCGACAUACAUAUAUAUGGAAUUUUAAUAACGUCCCAAAUACGUGCGAAGAAGUGGAUCAAAAGUGGAAUGGAUUACAGAAAACGACUAAAAGGGAAGAGACAGAUAUGGAGGAAUGAUGUUUAAGCCUCUACUAUUGGAUGAGCUUAUUCAGCCAAGGCAGAAAAGAGAACGGCCUGAAGGUAGGAAGGACGAUAGUUGGAGAGAAAAGAGCGGCGAAGAUGGUGAUGGAACAAGACGGAGAGUAUUUAAUUGUAUAUAGAAGAGAGAAGCGAUGGUUGAAGAGAACAGGAGUAACUGUUAGAGAGGAAAGGAAAGGAAAGGAAAGGAAAGGAAAGGAAAGGAAAGAGGGGAAAUUGGAAGGGAGAAGGCAUCGGUGCAUGCGCAAGAAUUUCACACGUGAGCCCGCGAAUCCGCGAGAGGCUCACCUCGGGCGCUAGACGUCCUGGCGGUUCAGUGUCGUGCGCGAUUUCGUAUGCGGCGCUUGUCAACUUCCGGCCGUGACGGGCUUCCACGUACGGGGUCGAUCGUUUCGAUUCUAAAGUUUUGUCAGGUAGAAGAUAACAGAUAAUUGGAAGAACGUAUUAAAUGGAAGAGAUGUGUGGUUCGAUUUAUCGGUGAAUCAUGAGCCAGGAACGAAACGAAAGACCCGUCCCUACUUCCUGCCACAAAAGUUAUCCUAAAGAGAACUCUUGACUUGGACGGUCGAUGAUGAAUGACUUUUGAGGCCGAGAAAUUAACUAGGAUGCAGCGUUUCGACGACGGUUUGACAACGAAACGAAUAAAACAUCAAACAGCCCGUCUGUCGUGAAUCGGUAGAAAUAAAAAGAGAGAGAGAGAGACAGACAGAAAGAGAUAGAAAAGAGGAAAGUGAGAGGCGUGCUGCGCACUCUGGCUGGAGAGAACAGGAAGCGAAAGGGAAAAAUAAAUUCUCUGUGGGAAUCGAUGGUAACGCGUUAGUAUAAUUAAAAUCGGUAGCUGGCUCGCGGAACAGGAACAGUAGAAUAAAUUUUCUGACAGAUUAAACUGAGCAGCGGUAAAGUAAUUUCCUCAUUAACGGAGGGAUUAGAAGAGCAGUGGUACUCGUGAUUCUACCGGUGAACUUGAACUUUUCAUGCAGGAAAACAUUCUAAUCGUUCGAUUCGUGGUAGCGUAGAAAGUAACAGGUUUCGGUUAGUCUAAAAAGUAUACGGUUGAUCGACGAUCGAAAAGAAGCUGUCCGAAUGCAACGAAGAGAUCGAAGAUCUCUAACGAGAUUCUGAAAUCGAUUACGCGUGCUGAGUUAUUUCAGAGAUCAAUAACAUCGUCGAUCGUUGUGCGACGGCCGUUAUUAUCUUUAUCAUCGCUCAUACAUCGCGCGAUCAGAAACCGUCCGAUUCGGGCAAUCGAGCCACAAGUUGGUUGAUGGUCUGCAAAUAGCUGGACAGCGGCGUGCGGUAACUGCAAGAAAAGCAUCCUGUGUAUGUGCUACACGAUGGAAUCCCGUUCGUAAUGACUCGUAAUUGCGCGAAGGAGGAGCCAACGUCGUGCUGGAACGAUUUAAGGAACACCUAGCGCCACCCUCUCUCCCCCUGACUAUAAUGAUUAGGUGCACGCGACUUCAAGGAUUACCCGGUUGAAGUGUGGUGAGCCAAGGAUAAGAGAUUGCGGUGGACGUAUCUGAAUACGGAACGUCGACUUUCCAACCAAGAUAGGUUAUCGCCAUCCGAGUAUUCAGUCGGUGUCCUACGUAAAUUACAGAUCGACCGUGACGCUGUUGUAGCGAUUCUACUCGUCGACGUUGAGAGGGUUCAACCAGAUUUAAUUAAGGGGGGCAAACAUGGACACGUCGCCUACGUUGAGUAUCGGUGGCUCGAGGGCUAGAGCAGCGCUUUUGACUACCAGUGGUACCGGUACCGGAAGUACCGAUAGACGUGUCGUCUUUUUAGCUAGUCAACCGACCGUUGGGAGUAGUCACGAGACCAAGACUUGGCCGCACCAUUGGUCACCGCAUACGACCGGUAACAGUUACAAAUCGCCCGAGGAGUCGCCGCAUUCGGAGCACAGCAGAUUGAGAAUGUCUCGAGGGCAGUCAGGCUGGUCGGACGAGCCAUGCACGUCGACCGGAGGUCGAAACGUGCGACAGUCGGCAGGGCCAUCAUCAAGGACGACACCUCCGAUUCUCGAGGACCGCACUUCCGGCACCGCGUCAUGUAAAGGUGGAUUCAGGUUAGGUGUUUAUGGAUGGAGGAAAAGGUGUUUGUACUCUCUGGUGCUCACUUUGAUGGUCAUCGUGAUCCUGAACCUGGCGCUCACCGUGUGGCUGCUUAAGGUCAUGGGAUUCAGUUCCGAGGGAAUCGGCUCCCUGAAGGUAGUGCCCGGAGGGGUCGAGCUUAGAGGUCAGGCCGCCGUAUUGGAUGCUCUGGUGGCCUCCAGCCUGAGAUCCAGACGAGGAAAGAAUCUGGUGCUUGAGUCCUGGAGCAACUUCACCGCUUCCGCCAGGUCGCACGAUGGCCGAUUGCUCGCCCGAUUCACUGUUGGCGAGGAUCGCGUGGACUGCGUGUCGAGAGGUUUCCGGAUAACCGACCCUCGAGGAGGAGUUCUCUUCUCAGCAGAUAGGGAGCAGGUGGUGGUGGGGGCAGAAAUGUUGAGGGUGACUGGCGACGGGGGUGCUGUUUUCCAGGGCAGUGUUCAAACGCCUCUCGUCAGAGGUGAAUCUGGUCGUGGUCUCAGAUAAUAAAAUAGUCGAGACAUAGGCAAGACUUCUUUUAUAUCUAUCGUAACGUGUCAAACGUCUGUUAAGAUAAGGGACAUAUGAGAGUUAAACAGCUUGAUAGACGCAUAGAAAUCUAAGAAAUACCACGGACAUACUUAACAUUCUCCUUUAAAAGAGGUCGCAAAGUGUUUCUUGAAGAUCGUCGCGGUAAUAUUUAAUUGUAAUUAUCUUUGUAGAAAGUUUCAUCUCGAAAAUUUUCGCUGCUUAUUCAGUUCAAUAUAAACUGUUGAUCAUUUUCGAGGUUAAUUGGCUAUUAUAAAAUUAAGUCACAACUUGAAACUUAUGUUAGGAAACACUAGAUAUAAUGGAUAAAAGAUCUGAGAUACAAAAGAGCGUAUUUAAUAAUUUAAAAAUAAAAGAAAAUUUGGUUUAAAGAUUUCUCAAAUCUUGAUCAAAGCAAUUUACAAUUGGUGCAUUAAAUUAAAUGACUGCGACAAUUUCUCGCGGAUAGUCUUGUCCCAUAUUUAUUUCGGGGACAUCUAAUAGUGGCUUCGAUCCGGUUCAACAAACUCAGCUAACAUUUUGGGUCGACUUUCUGCAUCUCUCCGAUAAUCAUCCUGGAUGCUGGAUUCUAGAUACAAAUAGCGUUUCGAUAUUCCAACCAACUUUUCUUCUAGUCCCCUGACUAUAAAUAAUCAUACCGAAUUGCAUUCAAUAUGACGCAUACUCCCGUGGGAUUAAACUUCGUGGUAACAUGCUAAAUAUAUGGCGUCGGUCAAACGAGAGGGCAGCAGUUCUAUCUGGAAUCGUGUAAUUGAUGGAAAGAUUCAUUGACAAAGAUUGCGUACCUUACUCUCAUUGAGUAUUUAAUCGUUUCGUGUACAAUACGAUUGAACUUGUUGCCAAUGCUCAGCUGCGACCAAUGAGAACUAAAUCCGCGAUGAAAAACUGUUACGUAUUCGAACGUGUUCCGUGUAUUUUCCAUUCAUUUAAAUCUUUAUUUAUUUAUAUAACAAUGAACAGGACUCCUGCAUGCUUUUUUAAUUCUUAAAAGCUAUUGUCAAAAGAAAUUGCGUUAAUAUUGGUAAAAUGUUACUCUAGUACAUUUUGUUUUAUUUUAGGAAGCAAUAACGUCAAACAAAUGCAAUAAAACAUUUUAUUAUUGCACAACAUUAAAUGAAAAACGAGAUAAGUUAAUGCCUGCAUUUUAUUAGUUACAAACAAUAUCGAAUUGAUAAUACUACGUGGCAAUAAUAUUAAGGAUGAUAUACUCGUAGUUAAAUAAUAAUUCACAGCAGAAGGAGAUACCGAAGAACUUUAACCUUUCAACUAGGUUAAUAUCUUCAAGUAUAUGGUUCGCAGAAACUACAAAGAUAUUUUAAAGAAACGUUCCCACAGUCGUGACACAAAUUCUCUUCCAAAUCUUCAAUCUUUUUCCUGCUUCAACGUUUGGAAUCUUCAAAAUAUUGCCAGUCGUAUCUACGAGUCUUUAAAUCUGCAUUAUAUCAUAUUCAAUUGAUUUAACAGAGCUCCAAAUAUUCAGUAACCACAUCGAUUUCUCGAUUCGUUGAAGCACUUGGCGGCUAAAUGUCAACGACGACGUUUCGUUUUGAAACGCGGAUAGUAGAAGAAGAUGGCGUAUUAUAAGAUGGGAAAUUGCGAUGGUUUGAAAGAACGAAGCGGAUGGCGCACUGAUACCGCGAUUAUUGAUAGUGUCGGACAAUUUACAGACGGAUUUACGAUUACAAUAAAACUUUGCUCGCGCGGAAAAUUAUAUUCAUAGGAUUGGAUUUAUGCCAGAUAUGAAAUACCGAGGAUUCGAACGAGCGAGAUACUUCGGCUGCAAGCAAUAGGUCGUCGGCGAUGACGAGGGAUGCAGGGGAUGCACGGGAGAAGGCGGUAUUGGAAGAAAGGCACGGUCGAAGACCCUGCUUUACCACUUCUUAGAAAGAAGGAUCGAUUAUUGCGAGUCUGACGUUGCAGUCGACUAGUUGCCAUAUUAUUUUGUCGCGCGAUAUUACAAAUUUUCAAUCGCAUUUAGCUUCUCCAAUAUGCUAUUGUAUUUCCUACCUGAGAUUCUAUCGCUCUCUUUCUCUCUCUCUCUCUCUCUGUGUCUUUCUCUCUCUAUAUAUAUUAAUUCCAUUUCUUUGCGUUCUAUAUUUGUAGCAAGCAAGAUUUAGAGCAAUCUUUUUUAUCUUUAAUUUAGUUGACAAUUUACAAAAAGGAUAAAAUUAAACGAUAAUAUGGAUUCGUUAAAUUGAAACUUUGGAUAAAAAACAUUUCAUAUUCGUCGACCAACAUUUUUAUUCGUUUAAAGGUGCAUUAAAGAAAUCUGAUUAACAGACGUCAAUUUCAUAUUACUAAUACAUAUAGUGGAAUAAAAUGGUAUAUUAAUAAUAGAAAUAGUACAAUAUUGAAUAGAGAUUAUAAUAGAAUUUGAAGAUGAAGUAUCAAUUGUAAUAACAUAGCGACUCAACGUUAUAGCACCUUUAAACAUGCAAUGUGAAUAGCGCAAUUUCAUGCGACAUUCCAACGGUCAACUUACAUUUCAAUAAUAAAUAAUUUUAUGCAAUUAUUAACAAAUU